CCUCCUUGUCCCUGACGUCAGUUGUCAAUAACCAAAGAUGGCGUUCACCUUGUAUGCGUUAAUACAGGCGGUAAUUCUUGGAGUAAAUGCUGUUGCUGUGCUACACGAGGAGCGAUUUCUUAGCAAAAUCGGCUGGAGUGUUGAUCAAAAUGUAGGGGGAUUUGGUGAAGAACCAGGAAUCAAAAUGCAACUCAUGAAUCUCGUACGUUCUGUACGGACAGUGAUGAGAGUGCCUCUGAUAGCAGUCAAUGCUGUCUGCAUUGUCUUGUUGCUGCUCUUUGGCUGAAGAAGUUGUAGGCCUAGGAUACAACCAUUUGAGUGAAUUAUUCCAUCGUCGGCUGCUACUGAGGACUGGGCCUGAAAGACGUGACUUUUAGGUCUAUGGAAAGACGUGACUCCACGACUCUGUCCCUGUAGGCUACAGUCAUGCAUCUUGCACUAUGUUUCUUGUAGACAGCCUUAUUAGGCAAUCGGAUGAAUGUUUUGACAUAUUAAAUAUAUUAAAUGAUUGUAAGAGAUGGGCCUUACUGUUUUUCAUGGUAACUUGUACAAUAUCUUUCAUAUUUCAAGACAUUGUUUUGGUAAUCUCAGGUAGGCCUAGCCUAACAGUAGAGUGCAGCUCUAUUUGUAAUGAUUGUAAGAACGUACAACACACUAAUAAAGUUGUAAAGUGA